UUGCCGCCCACUUUUGAAGAUGGAGGACGACAUUUCGGAUUUGAGCAGACCUCAAAUGUACUUGUUCGGUUGCACCUUGAAAUCGGAUAAACGGGAGUUUAAAGUUGACGUAGAUGACGACGAUGCAGAACAACAGCUGUCACUCAAAGCAGUGUGUCUGGGCUCUGAGGCUGAGGACAAGUUCCACGUGGUGGAGGUGGAAGGGCUCACGUACGAUGCGAAGACCACCAAAGUGCCGCUGGUUGUCCUGAAACCUUCUGUCCUGCCCUCUAUAAAUUUAGGUGGGUUUGAGAUCACUCCUCCAGUAACCUUCCGUCUCGUGUCCGGUUCUGGACCGGUUCACAUCAGCGGGCAGCAUUUUGUCAGCGUGAAGGAGUCUGAUGAUGAAGACGAGGAAAACAACACAUCACCAGUGAAGAGGCCUGCAAACCUGUCGCUGAAGAAACCCUCCGCGAAAAAAAUGAAGAUGGAUUCAGAUGAUGAUGACGAUGAUGACGAAGAAGACAGCGAUGAAGAUGACGAUGAUGACGAUGAGAGUGAUGAAGAUGAUGUGAAGCCUCAGAAGAAUGUGGGGAAAGUACCGGUACAGAAAAAAAGCCCAGAAUCUUCAGCUAAAAAACCCAACAAGACGCCCGUGAAACCAAAUGGCCCUGCAGGGAAACCUUCAGGAUCAGCAACCAAACCUCAGAUUAAGACACCUUCCCAAGGAAAAGACAAACCCCAGGCUGGCACUUCUAAAUCUCCAUCUCUGUCUGAGAUUAGGAAUAAACUAGCAACAGCAGCCAAAGAGGGGAAACCACUACCGAAGACAGAACAGAAGUUUGAAAAUUAUGCCAGGACUGCUUAUAAAGUCACAGACAAAAGUGUGGUCAAAGAUCUCUGGAGUUUUCUGCAAACGCUCAAGAAGUAACAGUAAGAAGGAUCGUUUCUGCGUUUUCCUGCAAGACGUUUAAAGGCACAGUCAACACAUUCGUAUCUAGUCAGUACUUCUAAGGUCUGUGAUCAGAAAACUAAAUGAUACAUGAAAUUAUUCUUUGCUGUUUCACUAACAUCACGUGAACCAGGCCGUGAAUUCUGUGCAGAGGUGGUUUUAAUCUGCUCCUCCUUUAAGCAUUUUACCUGUUGUUACCUGAAAUGUAUUUUAUUAUAGGAGGGAAAUAGGUCAACUUUAUUUCAACUUAAAGCAAAAUUAGAUUUAAUUUUCAACAAGAGAAUAAAUUCAGAUGAAAUCACAUUGUUUUAAAGUAAAGCUAGCUGUAAACCCAGAAUGUACCAGGAGCACGUUGAUCAUUAAAUAUACCAAACU